AUGGCGGGCGGGUGCAAGGCGGCGAUCGGGUGCGUGGACGCGCGGGUGCCGGUGCGCGCCAGCUACGUCAGCCUCUACAAGUGGCCCGAGUCCGACGCCGAGUUCGUCCGCUCCGUGGCCAUGGCGCGGCGCCACCACCACCAGCCGGCGGAGAGCCCCGCCGCCCCGUGCUACAGCGGCAGCAUGCGCCGGUCCGGCGGGGCCGGGGUCGAAGGGUACGGCGGAGAGAGCCCGAGGGUGGUGGACAGCUACUCGUGCCGGCAGAUGUACCUCCGCAGCUACACCUUCUCCACGAAGAAGGAGACGGUGCCGGAGCGCACCAUGGCGUGCCUCGGCCGCUCGUGGCUGAUGUGUAGCGCGCACGCGAUGCAGAUGCAUGGUGUCGCAUGUGGUGUGGUUGGGCGCAGUCGAUGA